AUGACGGACGCCACCAUGGAGGUCGAAAAUCCUCAACAGACCAUGGAAAUGAUCAAGCAAGGCGAAAUUGACGAAUCGUUGUACAGUCGGCAACUCUACGUUCUCGGACAUGAGGCGAUGAAGCGGAUGGGCUCCUCAAAUGUACUGGUCGUUGGUCUCAAGGGCUUGGGCGUGGAAAUUGCCAAGAACAUUGCCCUCGCCGGUGUCAAGUCUCUGACCCUUUACGACCCCGCUCCUGUGGCCAUUGCCGACCUUUCAUCCCAGUUCUUCCUCCAGCCACAAGAUGUCGGCAAGCCCCGCGCAGAGGUGACCGCCCCGCGGGUUGCCGAGCUGAAUUCAUACGUCCCAGUGAAGAUCCACGAGGGCACAAAUCUGGUUGGGGAUUUGGAACAACUCAAGCGCUACCAAGCGGUUGUGCUCACCCAAACUCCGCUGAAGGAGCAGUUGGCUAUCGCCGAUUUCUGCCACCAGCAUGGCAUCUAUGUCACGAUAACGGACACCUUUGGACUCUUCGGCUACAUCUUCAACGAUUUUGGGAAGAAGUUCACUGUCGGUGACCCUACUGGCGAGGAGCCCGUCAGCGGCAUUGUCGCUGGUAUUGCAGAGGAUGGCCUCGUGUCCGCUUUAGACGAAGCCCGACAUGGCUUGGAAGAUGGCGAUUUUGUUACGUUCACCGAGGUCAAGGGCAUGGAUGGAUUGAACAACAGUGCGCCUCGUAAAGUCACCGUCAAGGGCCCAUACACUUUCUCGAUUGGGGAUGUGUCCGGCCUUGGCUCCUACCAGGGUGGUGGUCUCUUCACUCAGGUGAAGAUGCCUAAGUUUGUGGAUUUCCAGCCGCUAUCGGAGCAGAUCAAAAAGCCUGAGAUCUUAGUCUCGGACUUUGCCAAGUUCGACCGACCUGCGCAGCUUCAUGUUGGCAUUCAAGCCCUGCACAAGUUUGCCGAAAACCACGAUGGUCAAUUCCCUCGUCCUCACAAUGACAGCGACGCCAAGGAGGUCAUGAAGCUCGCCAACGACAUCGUGGCGGCCGGAGACGAGAAAAUUGAGCUGGAUGAGAAGAUCAUCACAGAACUAAGCUACCAGGCUCGUGGCGAUCUCAACCCCCUGGCCGCCUUCUUCGGAGGAAUCGCGGCUCAGGAAGUGCUCAAGGCCGUUUCUGGCAAGUUCAUGCCUGUGCACCAAUGGAUGUACUUUGAUUCAUUGGAGUCUCUGCCCAGCUCGGUGACUCGCUCGGAGGAGAACUGCAAGCCUACUGGUACUCGCUAUGACGGUCAGAUUGCAGUUUUCGGUAAGGAGUACCAAGAGAAGCUGUCCAAUGUCACUCAAUUCCUCGUCGGUGCGGGUGCUAUUGGCUGUGAAACCCUGAAGAACUGGGCGAUGAUGGGCCUUGGCACUGGCCCCAAGGGCAGGAUCUUUGUGACGGACAUGGAUCAGAUUGAGAAGAGCAACUUGAACCGUCAAUUCCUUUUCCGGUCCAAGGAUGUGGGUCGACUCAAGAGCGAGUGCGCAUCUGCCGCAGUCCAGGCCAUGAACCCCGAUCUGAAGGACAAGAUUGUGACGCUCCGUGACCGUGUCGGUGCAGACACUGAGCAUAUCUUCAAUGAAGACUUUUGGAAUGGUCUUGACGGCGUGACCAACGCCUUGGACAAUGUUGAUGCGCGUACCUAUGUGGACCGCCGAUGCGUCUUCUUCCGCAAGCCACUUCUUGAAAGUGGUACGCUUGGCACCAAGGGCAACACUCAGGUGAUUUUGCCCUUCAUCACGGAGUCCUACUCCAGCUCUCAGGACCCUCCAGAGAAGUCAUUCCCCAUGUGCACGCUCAAGAGUUUCCCCAACCGUAUUGAGCACACCAUCGCCUGGGCCCGUGACCUCUUCCAGACAUACUUUGUCGGUCCUCCCGAGUCGGUCAAUCUAUACCUGUCGCAGCCCGACUACAUUGACCAGACUCUGAAGCAAGCUGGUAAUGAAAAGCAGACUUUGCAGCACCUUCGUGACUUCCUGGUUACCGAGAAGCCUCUCACCUUCGACGAUUGCAUUGUCUGGGCCCGUCAGCAAUUUGAGGCUCAGUACAACAACGCUAUUCAACAACUUCUCUACAACUUCCCCAAGGACUCCAAAACCUCCACCGGCCAGCCCUUCUGGUCGGGCCCCAAGCGCGCCCCCACGCCAUUAAAGUUCGAUAGCUCUAAUCCCACCCAUUUGGGCUUCGUCAUAGCCGGUGCCAAUCUCCAUGCCUUCAACUACGGCAUCAAGAAUCCCGGUGCUGAUAAGGAAUACUACCGCAAAGUGGUGGACGACAUGAUCAUUCCCGAGUUCACUCCUAGUUCGAACGUCAAGAUCCAGGCCGAUGACAAUGAGCCCGAUCCAAAUGCCCAGCCCUCUGGCGCGUCCGACGACAAUGAGGAAAUUCAGAAGCUUGUGUCGUCUCUGCCAUCCCCCAAGUCGCUUGCCGGCUUCCGCUUGCAACCUGUUGAAUUUGAGAAGGACGACGACACUAACCACCACAUUGAUUUCAUCACGGCCGCCAGCAACCUGCGUGCGGACAACUACGAAAUCCCCCAGGCAGACCGUCACAAAACCAAGUUCAUUGCCGGGAAGAUCAUUCCCGCCAUCGCCACUGCGACGGCCCUCGUGACUGGCCUUGUCGCCCUAGAGCUCUACAAGGUCGUGGACGGCAAGGACGAUAUUGAGCAAUACAAGAACGGCUUCAUUAACCUUGCUCUCCCUUUCAUUGGGUUCAGUGAGCCAAUCGCUAGUCCCAAGGGCACGUAUCAAGGGAAGCAGGGUGAGGUGACUAUUGAUCGUCUCUGGGACCGCUUCGAGUUGGACGACGUCCCCCUGCAGUCCUUCCUGGACCACUUUGCCGAGCGGGGUCUGGACAUCACCAUGGUCAGCUCUGGUGUGAGCUUGCUCUACGCGAGCUUCUAUCCUCCCUCUAAGGUCAAGGAUCGUCUGCCUUUGACCAUGAGCAAGCUCGUUGAGCACGUCAGCAAGAAGCCGGUGCCGGAGCAUCAACAGAACAUCAUCUUCGAGGUGACUGCCGAGGAUCAAACUGAAGAGGAUGUUGAGAUUCCAUACGUGAUGGUCAAGCUGAGCAAAUAG